CAAGCAAAACCCCUUCUUAUUACGACUCCCACACCAUAUAUACACCAGAAGUAGCAAGCAAAGCAAAACCCAAUAAUAAUCCGGCCUUAAUUUCUCCGGCCUCCCUCUUCUCUUCUCUCGCGGCAGCCAUGGGAAGACCUCCCUGCUGCGACAAGAUUGGCAUCAAGAAAGGCCCAUGGACUCCCGAAGAAGACAUCAUCUUAGUCUCUUACAUCCAGGAACACGGCCCCGGCAACUGGCGAUCUGUUCCCACCAACACAGGGCUGUUGAGGUGCAGCAAGAGUUGCAGACUGAGGUGGACGAAUUAUCUGAGGCCUGGGAUCAAAAGAGGCAACUUUACCCCACAUGAAGAAGGGAUGAUCAUCCAUCUCCAAGCCUUAUUGGGUAACAAGUGGGCAGCCAUAGCUUCAUACCUUCCACAAAGGACAGACAACGACAUCAAGAACUACUGGAACACCCAUCUGAAGAAGAAGCUGAAGAAGUUGCAGUCUCCAGGUUCCGAAAACAACGCGCAGAUGGGAUCAGAGAAUUCCCCGACCAGCGCCACAUCGUACCACCAUCACCAUCAUCUUGUCUCCAAGAACAGCUUCACCGACAGGCCACAGAUCGCCACUUCUUCAUCGUCUCUCUACGCCUCGAGCGCGGAGAACAUUUCCAGGCUGCUGGAGGGGUGGAUGAGAGCUUCAUCCUCGUCUUCUUCAUCCAAGGGGUUGACGACGGCGACCUCCCACGGCGGCGGCCGGGAGGAGGAGGAGGAAGAAGACGACCAGAACCGCCCGGAGGCGGCGGCGGGCGGCGGAUUAGCGGGGAGCAACGACGACAACAAUGGGGUGAUCCCGAAGGAGGAGUAUUUGGAUUCUAUUCUGACGUUUGGGAGCUUGAUGAAUGGGAUGGAGAGUGGGAAUAAUAAGCAGAAUGUGCAGGAAGGUAAUGAUAAUGAUAACCCUCCGCCAUUAUCGUUUCUUGAGAAAUGGCUGUUGGAUGAAAGUGCAGCGCAGGUUGAAGAAGAAGAAGAUGGAGAGGAUCAAGUUGCAGUCAUGGAGCUUCCAACAAUCUUUUCAUGACAAUAAAAUCAAUACUGUUUCAUCAUCAUCACCCCCGACUUGGUAACCCUAGUCAAGAAACCCGACCUGGUAAUCCUAGUCGGAAAACCCGACCUGAUAACCCUAGUCGGAAAACCUGACUUGGUAACCCUAGUCGGCAAAAGACCCUACUCAUCAUCAUCAUCAUUUUUCUUUGUCUUUUAUAACUGUGAACUAAAUGUUGACUUUAAUUGCUUGUCUUUCUAGUUGUUUUGUUAGAGAUUCUGAAAAAAAUGGCAGAAUCUCUUCUCUUUACUUCUCUUUAUUACUGUAAUUUCUUAGAUAAAAAUCGAGAAUCUGGUGCGAUUAUAUUUCAAGUAGACAUGCUAUUUAAAAAAGAGCAUAGUUUACCAUCAAA